AUGGCGGUCCUGAUAUGUUCCACGGUGUAUAGGACUGGGUCUAUGAGGCGGAAAUACUCGGAGACCGGUUCGCACUGUGGUUUUCUGCCCGAUGGGGAGUAUCUCUCCUUCCUACGCCUUAAGGAGACGGGGGUGCCCACAUACACUGUGCCAUACUACAUGGAUAAUCAAGCGAUCGCGCCGCCGUAUCCGGUCGAGAUGCCGAUACGAUACCCGCAAGUAUCGCAGAUCAAUCCCACGGUUCAGGUGAAGGUCCUCCAUGUGUCCGAAAAGCAAGCUCUAACAGUCCCAAUCGAGUCGUUUGACGUGGAUGAUUUGGUUGUUGGUGAAGUCUCCUGGCUCACUGAUACUCACACUACGCUGGCUAUUAAGACAUUCGAACGGGUCCAGGAUCGCCAGGCAGUUCCCUCUUAUAUCGGAGCAAUUGACCACGGCUCCGCUCGAUACUCCCUCGACAGGAUGGUCUCAUUUGUGACUUUUCCAUUGUCCGGUGGCGAGCGAAUUGCUCUUACUAAUGGUGGCUCUGCUGGUUGGAGACAGGAAAUGUCGCCGGAAAAGAUGCAGGUGCAGUGGUUCACGGACUCGGAUCAUAAUAUCAAUUAUCAUGUGGAGAUCUAUCAAUCCCUAGAAAUGGGCUCCGAGGAACACCAAAAUGGCGAACCUCAUCCUCCUCCCUCCCUCUCCACCAAAUCCAUCAGCUUCCAGCCCAGCCGCGCCACUAUCUUGCGCGAAAUCCCCGCCAUCAUCCACCACCCCGGUCCCCACACCCUAACCAUCUACGGCCUCGACCCCGCCACGGACUUGGACUCGAUCCGCAUCGAGGGGGCAUCGGGCGCUGCUUGUGUGACCGAUUUUCCAGACUGA